UGCGCCUUAAUGAACUGAAUACGCUGGUGAUUGUGUGCGCAUGCGCGUGCGUAAAAUGUGGUUGGAAAUGAGGUAUAGUCUUGGAGUAGUCGACUUUUAAAAAGCAUCGGCAGCCCGUGAUAUGACGACUUCGCUGGUCUUGCAUCCACGCUGGGCGGACACCUUGAUGUACGUGUAUGAAAAAAGUCCUAAUGAAAGUAAUCAGAAUAAAAACCAAACCAUGGAGGGAUUAAGCGGGAAUUGCCCUGCUACUCACUGCAGGGAUUUGAUCUCGCACCCCGCGCUGGGGCGGCAUUCUGGCACUAUAGCGACUCACCAGGGAUCCGUUUAUUCGGAUAUAUCUUCCCCCGACACGGGACGACAGUGCCCCGCACCUCAGACAUCAUCUAGCGCCUCUCUGGGCUAUAGUUACCCAUUUGGAAACCCGUACUACGGCUGCAGGUUAUCUCAUUCUCACAACGUGAACUUGCAGCAGAAGCCGUGCUCGUACCACCCAACAGAAAAAUACGCUGAGACCAGCACAGCUUUACCAACGGAAGAGCUCUCCAGCAGAGCAAAGGAGUUUGCUUUCUACCCGAGUUUCGCUAGCUCGUACCAGGCAGUUCCAGGCUAUUUGGACGUGUCAGUCGUUCCAAGUAUCCACCCCGAGCCACGACAUGAUGCAUUGAUUCCAAUGGAAGGAUAUCAGCACUGGGCUCUAUCAAAUGGCUGGGAUGGGCAGGUGUACUGUUCAAAGGAACAAACACAGUCGUCUCAUCUUUGGAAAUCUCCUUUUCCAGAUGUCGUCCCAUUGCAGCCUGAGGUCAACAGUUAUCGCCGAGGACGAAAAAAGCGGGUUCCCUACACCAAGAUACAACUGAAGGAACUAGAAAAAGAAUAUGCAGCCAGCAAAUUUAUCACCAAAGACAAGAGACGACGCAUCUCUGCCACAACCAACCUGUCAGAGCGCCAAGUUACUAUUUGGUUCCAGAAUCGCAGGGUGAAAGAGAAGAAAUUUAUCAGCAAAACCAAGGCGAAUAAUCACAUGCACACUUAAUGGAUGCCAUAUUAAAUUACUUACCCAACUGAUGUUCCUGUGUUCUGAAAGUAUGAUAUUUACCUCUUCUCAGAAACCACGAAUGAAGAACCCCCGAGGUCGUGCCCUAUAUCGCCACAGUCUUGCUUUAUUUAAUUUAAAGAUGCACAUGACGUCAUAACCGCUUAUCCUUACGCUUUUGGAACAUAAACUAUACCCUAAAACUGUGAAAAUAUUGAAAUAAUUUCAACUUCGCCUUUUUCUAUGAAUGUACAUAUAUAAAUAUAUAAUAUUUAAAAUGAUAUAUAAGUUUCAGAGACACUUGGGUUACGUGCUGUCUUCAAAAAAAAAAAAAAAUGGAAACACGAACUUCUCACUCACAUUUGUUCAUUCCUGUGUAAAAGCCAGUGAAAAUCACCAGAAAACGCAGAAGGUCUUUAACCCGCUCAAACAUAAGUAGUAAAUACUUAUAUGAUAUUGAGGUUGGGUGAGAAACAAACUCGAGAGGUUAAAGCAAACAUUGAACAAUGUGAUAUCCCUCAAACAGAAACAUUCUGCAUCAUUGUGUGGUCGCGAGACAUCACAAUUAUGCUCCAGUAACCCUUAGAGAUUUCAAAAGCUAAAUGUUUUACUGAGGGAUACAUUACUUUUUAAUGCCGAGGGUAAGCCGGGCUGCUAAUGUUAACUGUACAGUGCAAUGUCUUUAUUAUUUAAUUCAUAUUCUUGCGAAUGAUAGGGCCUAUAAAAUGGAAUGUUUUAAAAUCAUCUGUGUGUCCUUUCUAGCAGUCAAUUAUAUGUCUCUGCCAUGCAACUGGAAUGAUUGCAAGCGAUUAAAAACAUUUAGUAUUACACAUAAAUGCACAAUCUUUCUUGUUUUAUAUAUAGAAAUAUAUAUAUCGUAAAGCAUUGGAGUUGUUCACACGCAUUGUUAGUCUGUACUUCUUUUUGUGCAGUAUGUGAACUGUAUUGUGGUGUUAAACUCCUAAAGUCAUGAAUGGAGACGUGUUUCUUAAAUAAAUAAUGAUGAAAAUAAUUGCAUUAACUCA